ACAUAUUUUUGGUCCAAAACAUCUAAAAAGUUUGAAACCCACCACCACGCCUAAGGCUGGGCCAGGCCGGUCCCGGCAUUAUAAUAGGAAUUUUUGCUGUCAUAAUCUUAUGACACAUGGAUUCUAUUAUUAUGGUUUAUGAUGACCACACACAAUCAAACUAGGAGCGCACGGUCUCUCUAAUAGGACCUAUAUUUUCGGCUUGGUCUCUGGUCAACCAAACACAGCCACAAAACCGUGAGUCCAUUACCUUCGCAAUGCACAUCUUCUUUUCCCCUGCUUUUUUCAAUUUUAUAAUCUAACACGCUAAUUUUCUGACCAAACAUAUUCAUUCAUAGUGCAUAUAUUAUGCGACGAGGGAAAACACAGGAUAAGAAAAUCCAAUAUGACAGCUGGCAAGAUUCAUAGUUACUGAUACACGAGCUCAACUACACACCACUCCACUUUUUUGUUUUGACACAUCCAAUGCCCAUUUAAUUGCAACACGUGGCAGGUGUUGGGUUUCUUUUAUUUAGUUUUUCUUCAUCUCUACUUUUUGUGAAAUCCCAUUUAUUGCCCUUCUCUUUAGCCUUCAAUUCGUUCACCAAUUUCCUGAGAAGAAAGAAGAGAGGGGCCUUUCUUCGCGAGAGGAAGAAAGAGGCAUGUUCUUUUCUGUCCUCUCUUUCUCUCUCUCUCAUCAGACAGUCAGACACUCGCAUAAUACACACAUAGAUGCAGCAGAGAGAGUCUUUCUCUCUCUCGAAUUAUUACUUCAAAUCCAUUCAGAGUACAGAUGGUUCAUCGAUUAUAGGGGUUUAGCAGCUGGAAUCUGCACUUGCACCAUGUGUGUUGCUGCCACGACUAUUGUUAUUUGUUAAUGUUUUCUUUUAUAUAUAUAACAUCCAAUUUGACCGAGCAAGUUUCGAAGAAUAAAUUGGAGAAAAUGUUAAAACCUUUUCGAGCCUGUCUCAGUCUUCAUCAUUCCAUUCAGUAGGUAUUGCAAUUGCAAUGAUUCUAAUGCAGAGUAUUGGAUCCCACUUCAGCCAUGUUUAAAAACUGCUAAAAUCUAUGAUUGCGAGCAACCCAAGAAAGUAAGUAUAAAAUUGUAUAUAUGCAUGGCUUUGUUUAUUCCACAACGAAGAGGAUCAAAAUAUAUGUUAAAAAAAGAAGAAAAACAGUACUUAUUUUUGUUUGCUUGCAAAGUUGUUUACUUUUGUUUAAUAAUGGUGCAGUUUAGCAAUAUAGAAAUCAUAGAGAGACGAAAAGAAUGGUUAUUUGUGGUCUGCGGGUACUGGGAUGAUUUCACGUGAGAGUUCUGCCACAGUGUCCGUGAGUGUUGCAAGCCUUGAGGAGUUUCGAGAAACGAAGCCAAGCCACUUUAACCACAGUAAGUGUCUCCAAUUUGAUGGAUCCCCAGAGCUCCCCAAUAGAGCUCUUUCACUCCAUGGCACACACUACCAUGAUUUUGUUCAACCCCAUUUCAAGUUCGGGUCAGAAAAAGAGUAGUAGCACAAGAUUCUAGCUAGCAAGGUCUCAUGAGUCAUAAGAGAGGGUUUUGUAGGUCCCUUUGAGCAAGCAUGCAUAUGCAUAUGGUAGAUCUGAAGGCUUUAAAGUGAGUUCGAAGACCAAACAGCUAAGGAAACCAAGAUCUGUCCCAACCGUUUUUCAGCUAAUUUAAGUGGGUCAGUUAACACUCUCAUGCAUUAAAGUGUUCUCAUAUCUUCUCCACACAGUGUCUCUCAUUAUGGGGAACCAAAACAGGUGAGAGAGCUUGCUUGCAUAUUGCAAAUUGCAAUUGCAAUUGCAACAGUGAUUACAAGCUGGUCCCCGUUCUCAUUCUCCUCCUAACAUGGAGAGAUCCUCUGUGUUUGUUCUUGUCUCCGCGCUUUGUCUCUUACUGUCCCAACCUACCGGAUCAGAAGACGACGAUUCCCAAGCGCUUCUGGCACUCAAAUCCUCCAUAGACGUUCUCAACAAGCUUCCAUGGCGUGCAGGAAGCGACGUGUGCACGUGGGUAGGUGUCAGAGACUGCUUCAACGGGAAAGUGAGGAAGCUAGUUCUGGAACACUCCAACCUAACCGGCACUUUGGAGGCAAAGAUCUUGAACCGUUUGGAUCAACUCCGAGUCCUCAGCUUCAAAGGAAACUCACUCUCCGGUCAAAUCCCCGACCUCUCCGCCUUAGUCAACCUCAAAUCAAUAUUCCUCAACGAGAACAACUUCUCCGGCGAGUUCCCCCCCUCCGUCUCCCUCCUCCACCGAGUCAAAGUCGUCGUUUUAUCCGGGAACCAAAUCUCCGGCGACAUCCCGGCGUCCUUGCUCAAGCUCCGGCGCCUCUACAUCCUCUACUUACAGGACAACAUGUUCACCGGACACAUCCCGGGUUUCAACCAAACCGGGCUCCGGUACCUGAACGUGUCGAACAACCGACUCUCCGGCGAGAUUCCGGUGACCCCUGCAUUGAUCCGAUUCAAUGCGUCGUCGUUUGAGGGAAACCCAGGGCUGUGCGGAGAGCAGAUCGAGCAACCAUGCAGAAGCACGAGCAUUGCGUUGCCACCAUCGGUAAGCCCUAGUUAUCCUCUGAUUCCGGGGAAAGCGAAAACGUCGACGUCAUCGAACCGCACGAAACUGAUAAAGAUAAUCGGAGGGAGCGUUGGAGGGGCUGUUAUGCUGUUUAUAUUAUGCUUAGGUGUGGUGUGGGUGAUUGGGAAGAAGCGGGGGAAGAGGGUGGGUUCUGGAACGAGGAGCAAGGGUGGUGACGUGGCGGAAGGUGAAGUUGUUGCGGUUGGAAGAGAAGAAGGUGGCGGUAGCAACGAGGGGAAAGAUGGGGUUUUCGCGUGGGAGAGUGAGGGUGUAGGGAAGUUGGUGUUCUGCGGCGGAGGGGAUCGGGAGAUGAGUUACAGUUUGGAGGAUUUGCUGAAGGCUUCGGCGGAGACAUUGGGUAGGGGUAUUAUGGGAAGUACGUAUAAGGCAGUGAUGGAAUCUGGGUUCAUAGUUACUGUGAAGAGGUUGAAAGAUGCUAGGUACCCUGCUUUAGAGGAGUUUAGGGCACACAUUGAGGUGUUAGGGAGACUCAGACACCCUAACUUGGUCCCACUCAGAGCUUAUUUUCAGGCCAAAGAGGAACGUCUUCUUGUUUAUGAUUAUUUCCCCAAUGGCAGCCUCUUCUCCCUCAUUCACGGAUCAAAAACAUCUGGCGGGGGAAAGCCUCUUCACUGGACAUCCUGCCUUAAAAUCGCAGAAGAUCUAGCAACUGGCCUUCUCUAUAUCCAUCAGACCUCUGGCUUGACACAUGGAAACCUUAAAUCUUCCAAUGUGUUGCUGGGUUCUGACUUUGAGUCCUGUCUUACUGAUUAUGGUCUCACAGUGUUCCUUAAUCCUGACUCAAUGGAUGAGCCUAGUGCCACUUCUUUAUUCUAUAGAGCACCCGAAUGCCGCAGCUUUCAAAGGUCACAAACCCAACCAGCUGAUGUAUACAGCUUUGGUGUCCUUCUUCUUGAGCUUUUGACUGGCAAAACACCCUUCCAAGACCUUGUUCAGACAUAUGGUUCAGAUAUUCCUAGGUGGGUUCGGUCGGUGCGCGAAGAAGAGACCGAGUCUGGGGAUGAACCUUCCUCAGGCAAUGAAGCAUCUGAAGAGAAGCUUCAGGCUCUUUUGAACAUUGCAAUGUCAUGUGUUUCGCUAGUGCCAGAGAAUAGGCCUACAAUGAGAGAAGUUUUAAAGAUGAUAAGAGAUGCAAGAGGGGAAGCUCAUGUAUCAUCUAACAGUAGUGAUCACUCUCCUGGUAGAUGGUCAGAUACUGUUCAAAGCUUACCAAGGGAAGAACACCUGGGCAUAUGAUUGAGUCAUCAAAGAUUCAGCUUGCAAAAUAUUCACUUCCUUCGUUCUCUUUCCUCCCUGUCAUUGGCCAAUGCCACAAUGCAACCUGUGAUUUCGGUGUAGACUUGGUAUAAAUUUAAAAAUCCCUUGGAAAGUUUGUAAAUAUAAAUUUAUCAUAAAAGUUACAAGUGGUAACUACACGUGUAUUCCAUUGAUAUUUUUAAAAUUGGAUAUAAAUAUGAAAU